UCCACGUCGAUUCCAGCAAAGCAUCUCAGGGCUAUCUUUAGUCCUAGGGCCAACGUGAGGCUUAUUUCCCUCACGCUCUCUUCUCUCAAACGUUACACUACUUGAUUGGUAUUACGCUACAUUGCUACUGCGUAAUUGGCUUGGCUCUCCUGAGGCAGACCUGGGCUCACCGAUUACUCACGAAUAUGCCCGCAAAAAAAUUCGGUAGCAAAAAUUGCGAACCGCAGGACGCCUUAAGUCAACCUCGGAAAGCUUCUGUCGAGCUCUAGCUCUUCAUCACUCAAUCGUCGUGGUCCAACACCCUAAUCUAGGAAUCUUUCGAUCGCGUCAAACCCCCCGACAAGCAUCCCAUCCCCGCCAUGAAGACCAUCAUCAUCCACGCCAGAUACACUGACCAGUACGCCCUGGAAAACUUUCUGAUUCAGAAAUUCGGCUACGAGAAAGUCAGCAUUCGAUGGACGCGUGGCAAAUACCAAUGCGAAAUCCCCAAAUUGCUGAAACUGGACGAACUCGAAGAACUGAAGCAAUCUGUGGCAGUUGAGCAUUACCAAGAGAUCUAAAGAGCUGCGUAGCACUCCCAUUCCACCCUCCGUCACGUUUAGCACAGAACCUAAACGACCGUCUUACAUAAUGCUACAACAACAAGCCUUCCUGGAGCUACGUACCUAUAGAAUAUGAAAUAGACGAUGCGGGUCUUGUGGCCUUUCAGGUGUUUUGGGAAUCAUCAGUGGAUAUUGGUAGCAAGAGAAGGGAGAAGCGAAAACGUUCGGAUAGAAGAGGAAGCUACCACACUUUAAUUUGACACACUCCCAAAACUUCAGCCUUACUCUACUCUCUCUAAUCAACCUGUUCCAUCUCUGGCUUUGACUUUGAGUUAAUCGUCUCUCCUCUGUAUGUGUCCAAUAUAGGGGAGAAAUUCUUGACCCUAUCUCUUGCAUGUUCAUUUAAUUCAGCUCUUACUCCAAUUGGAGGAGCGUACUUUCGCUCUUUGGGGAGUGGUAUCUGACCGUAGUCUUUUGCAGCCACAUUUCUAUGCAGCUCUUCAAUCUUGGCAAGCAGU